CACAAUGACACCACCCCACCCCUCAACCCCAACCCCAACCCCCCACCCCACCAACAAGAACAACAACCUAACAACUCCUACAUCCUCCCCAACCACAACAACAACAACAACAACAACAACCACCUUAACAUCCCAACAAACAACAUAUUCCAACAACAACCUCAACAACAACAACAAAACAUACAACAAUUUCCAUUCAAUUCAAUUACUGGGCAAAAUCCAAAACCAAAUCUUGAUUACUCUGAUGGAUCAUCUACUAAGAAAAAAAGAGGCAGACCAAGAAAGUAUACUGCUAAUGAUGGUAACAACAUUGGUUUAGGCCUUAAUCCAACUCCACUUACUCAAAUUUCUUCAGUUGAUUCUGGUGGUGGUGGUGAUAAUGGUGCUGCUUCUUCAGAAAACCCGUCGAAAAAGAGCCGUGGUAGGCCACCAGGCUCGGGAAAGAAGCAGCAGCAAGAAGCUUUAGGUGCAGUUGGAUUUGGAUUUACGCCACAUUUAAUCAAUGUGAACAUCGGGGAGGAUAUAGCGUCAAAGGUUAUGUCUUUUUCACAGCAAGGACCACGGGCAAUUUGUAUUUUAUCUGCAACUGGAGUCGUAUGCAAUGUUACCCUCCGGCAACCUUCAAUGGGUGGUGGCACCGUGACUUAUGAGGGUCGAUUUGAAAUCAUCUCAUUAUCGGGUUCAUUCUUGCUGUCAGAAAGUAAUGGUAGCCGCAGCAGAACAGGUGGUCUAAGCGUGUCACUGUCUGGGCCAGAUGGUAGAGUUUUGGGCGGUGGAGUUGCAGGAAUGCUCAUCGCUGCUACUCCAGUACAGGUGGUUGUGGGUAGCUUCAUUGCGGAAAAGGAAAAGCCUAAGCCUAAGGCACCAUCUUCAACUCCACCUCCGAAUAUGUUGAAUUUUGGUGUUUCGGUAACUGAGGCGAGCUCUCCUUCCCCGGGUGCUUCAAGCGACUCAUCCGAUGAGAACGGUGGUAGCCCUCUCAGCCAUGAACGGGGGCCUUUCGGUAAUGCUCCUCAACCAAUGCACGGUAUGCCAACGACGUAUUGGGGCCAAACAAUGUGAAAAAGCUUCCUUAAACUGACUCGACGUUCCAAAUGGUAUUUGACUUCUUGAUUCCCCACGACUGAGUAGGCUCAAAUUUUAGAUGUUAGAUCGAGUUCUUGACUUAAGCUUGCUUACAAUUUUUUUUCUUUUCAUUAGCUUUUUUCUACCCAUAGUCUUAGUAUAUGUUAGGUGACCUUUGGUUGAGUACCUGUUUAUUCUCAGAUUAACAAACCUUUUUUAUUUGUAACUUGCAAUUACCUUUUCUGCCAUUAAAAUGCUUUCUUUCUUAUUA